AUGAACAAUUUGGGCAUUUAAAAUAAUCGAUUUCAUAAAAAGGCUAUUGAGAAUAGAAUGAAGUCUGAAUGUAACGAAUUCUACAUGCUCAAUAGACGAACAAAGAAAUAAAAGAAUGAAUACUAUGAAAAUUGGCUUAAAUAAAGAGAGAAAGAAUCCAACGCAUCUACAGAAACAUGUUUGGACAUCAUUACUCCUAAUCUUCCUUAAGCAAAGAUUCCUAAUACUUUUUAAGUUAAGUUGAUCAAUGAUAUAUUAAAAAAUCAUAAGCACUCAUUGCAUUAUUGA